AUGCCUUCCUACAUCGUGACUCUCAAAGACGAGGCGACCGACGAGCAGGUCCAGAAGUUGAAGGACGAAGUCAAGAGUCAAGGCGGCGAGAUCAAGCACGAAUACUCGCUGAUCAAGGCCUUCUCGGUCAGCUAUCCUGAGGGGACCGUUCAGGCUUUGGGGAGCCACGAGUUGGUCAAAGAGGUCGAGCAAGACCAGGAAGUUCGCACGCAAUAG